AUGGGAAUUCGAACUCGAGUGCAAGAAAGCAGAGCCCCCAAGCCCGAAGAAGCAACAGGCACAGAGAAGAAAUAUAAAAAAGCUGAGAUGAAGAAACUAGAAUUGUUGUUCAUCCCAGCACCAGGAAUUGGCCACCUGGUGCCAGUUUUUGAACUUGCCAAGCGCCUAAUUGGUCAUGAUGAUAGAAUUUCAGGCACAAUCCUUGCAAGCAAAUCAACCUUCUCUUCCUCUGUAGAUUCAAAAACCAAAUCACUUGCUGCCUCAAAUCCCCAAAUCAAACUUGUUGAUGUCCCCAAGCCCCAUGUCAAAGACAUUGUCACUAACAUUAAUCUCUCAUCACCCCAAGCCAACUCCUCCGACUCAAUCCAAUUCCAAGUUGGAUCUCUUGCUUUCAUGCUUCACCUUCCAAAACCAAGUAACCAGAGCACUGCUGAGAUUAAAGGCUCUGAUCCUGAGAUUUUGAUCCAUGGUAUUAUCAACCCUGUUCGUCCAAGUGUUUUGCCUUUAUCUGUGACAGAUGGCAGCUUCUCUGCUUACGUUAAGCUUGCAGAGAGGUUUAGAGGGACAAAAGGUAUUGUAGUGAAUACAUUUGUUGAGUUAGAGACACAUGCUAUCGAAUCUUUUUUAGGUGGUCAAAGUCAAAGUCAAACCCCUCCAGUGAACCCAGUUGGGCCAGUAAUUGAUCUCAAGGGUGCAUGGGGAGCUUUGGUGCAAACCCAAGUGAAAGAAAUAUCUUUGGGGCUUGAGCAGAGUGGUCAGAGGUUCUCGUGGUCUCUGCGCUUGCCACCUGUACCCCAAGGCAAAACCACCAGGGCAAGCAAUAGCUCAAAUUCUGAGGACAUAUUGCCAGAUGGGUUCUUGGGUAGGGUUCUCCAAAGAAAGGGGAUUUAUAUGUGGGUGAGGUGCAGGUCUUGGCCCACAAGGCAACUGGUAGUUUUGUGUCUCAUUGUGGGUGGAACUCAAUUCUGGAGAGCAUGUGGCAUGGUGUGCCUACAGUGA